AUGUUCGGGGGAGGAGAUGGCAUCUACCACUCUUUGAUGACGGGCCUCGAUCUUUGUGAAGCAGGUGAACAGCUACUCCAGGAGAAGAAGUUCAAGGAAGCGAAGAAAGCGCUCGAGUCAGCCUGGGAUCUGGUGGAGCCUUGCAUUUGGUCUGCGGAUGGCUACGGCUAUGGAAAACGAUGUGACCGGUACUGCGCACGCAUCCAGGCAGCUCUAGCACGCUGCAAGAUGGAGUCCGGCGGCUCCUCCGCCGGCAAGGCUGUGCCGCAGGAGGUCUUGCAGCAAAUGCGCCAAGCAGUACCAAAUGAUGGCUUGAAUCCAGAUGCUCACUUGGACUUUGCAAAGGCGCUUAUCAGCAGCCUGGGCUGCGAGUUCUGUCAGAAUCGGGCAAACUGGUUGGACACGCGCUACAUUGAGGCGCACUAUCAUGCAAGUGUUGCCUGUGCCCUCAAGCGUGCCAAUAAGAUGGGCGGCCGUCACCAGGGCAUGGGCCACGGACAAGAUGCACCAGGUAGCGUGCCUGCUGCUGUGAAGGAGGCUUUUGCCAACUUAGGUGACGACGGAGGAUGGAAGCGGGUCAUCUUCUGCACCAGCAAGACAGCUUUGUGCAGCUGGCUCAAGGCAGAUGCGGCGGCAACCGCACUGACCUCGCCCACCUUGGAGAAGAAGAAAGCCACCUUUGUGCUGCUCAAUGGCAGCUACCCUUUGACCUUGUCCCUGAGCAACUGCCAGAUUGACCUCUAUGGCAUAGUUGACCAGCACAAAAAGGUUGAGCUGCAGGCUUCUGACGUCUCAACCCUGCUGCAGGUCAAGGAUGCAUCCAGGCUCCGCCUCUGCAACCUUUGCAUCAAGAGGGACUCAUCGCAGUCACAUUCGGAGCAGCCGCUGGUAUGUUUGGCCGGUGCCAGCUGUGCUUCAAUGUCGCAAAUCCACCACGUGCAAGACCUGGCUGGUGCAGUGGUUGAGGCAAUUGACAGCAGCACCUUCGUUGCCAUGCAUGGUUGCAAUCUGACUAGCUUCUCUGAUUCCACGAAGAAGACGAUGGCACAGGUUGUGGUGAAGCACGGUGCUGCUGGCAUCAUUGGCAUUGGCGCUGCUACCACAACAGACAUUAAAUUUGCUGGCCAGCCAGGGAAUGCUUGGCAGCCUCGCCAGGAGCCAGCAAUUUGGAGACCGCCCAUCAUCAAUGCCAGUUGCCAGACUGAAGAGUCGCGAGAGGCCUUCUUUGCGGGCGUGCGGCAGCUUGCCCAGGCAUCAGUUGGUUCUGGCCCCUUGGGGAGUCUUUCCAAGUAUUUGAAGGGCUCUUCGAUAGUCCUUUGUGGCACAGAUGCAGAGUUGGAUGCAGCCCUUUGCUGCGAAGGCGCUCCAGCGGUCAUUGUCUGCCUCACCAAGUCAGGCUUGACCAUCUCGCAACCGCUGCGUGUCAAGGAGGCAGUCAUCCUCGGGAUGGUCUCGUCGAGUGGCAACUGUGAGAUGAUCAUCGGUUUGCAAACGGACAACUGCAGUGUCCAUUUUGAUAGCGGCUCAGCGAUGCUGGAGAUUCACUAUCAAAAUAUGACAGCGGCCCUGACCAUGAUCGAUGUUGAUGUCAAGAUCAAAAGCACUUCGACGCCAGAGUUCUUGCGGGGGUUUGAGUGGUGGGUGCUGGCUUGA